AUGUGCCUGAAGCUAUCCCGCCCCCCAACCGCUGCCUGGGAUAUACUUACCACCUGCUCCGAUAAAAAUUCUUCGCGGGAAGAAAAUGACUUUCAGUUCCGGCCGCGAUCCACGGUCCUUUCCUCCGGAUCCGGGAAGGGCUCCGCACCUGGCUGUGCACCUCGGACCGGACUCCCAGUGCUGUCCCGCCUGCGCCAGGGGCUUCUGCUCCGCGCCCACGGCCGGGCUGGGGAGGCAGGAUGGGCGCCCCUCCGGGUUAGGCACCAGGGCCCGCAGCUCGCACCAUCCGCGUCCUCACCGACCCGCGCUCUUCACGCGCCCGCCCGCCCGGCUCAGCCCGCGCCGCUGCAGUCCGGCAGUUGUCGGGACAAGUCAGUCUCGCUUUCGUUUUCCCCCGCGGACUCCGCCUUCCCCUCCCGCAGCCCAGCCCCCUCUGACAAGCCCUCAGGAUUCCUGGGGUCUGCUGGGAAGGGCCUCCUCCACCCGGAGGACGCGGGCGGCUCCGCUGACCCCGCGCCCCAGCUGGAUGGGCUCCCAGCCCGGCGGCAGCAGCCCCAGCGCGGAGCCCAGGACCUGCCCCCUCUCCGGGACUCUGGAGCAGAUACGGCUCCCAUGUGGGGAGAGGUCUGCCAUCCGAGCGUCCUCGCCGUACCAGGCUCUGCGAUCCAUAAUCCUGUUCACUUUUCCACUCGAACGUUUGGCGUGGGGGUGGGGCGGUGGAGUGACCAGCUCCAUUUUACAGCAGUGGAAACGGAAUCAAUGAACUUGUCCAGGGUCUCGCUGGCUGGUGGCGAAACCAGGAUCCAGUUCACCAAAGCAGCCCCCUACCCCCACCGCCCGGCUCCUGCCCGUUCCAAUCACAGGCUGGGGUGGGGUGUGAUCUCCUUUCAGCCUGUUCUCUCACCCUUCCAUUCAUUCACGGGUACUUGUGAAAUGCUGCCCACUCGUGGCCUGUCCAGCGGUUAAGGAGGGCCACCUGCUCUCUGCAGGACCUCUGAUGGCCUACGGCUCGCUCGCAGAGUCACGCUGGCCCACCCGCACAGUGACGGAAGAGUGUAGAGGACUUACCUGCUGCCGUACGGUGUGCGACAACGCAAGGAUCCUCACAAUACUGAGAGAGGAAGUACCAACAACUAAAACCUACACUUGUAGCUCAGGUCCUGAGCAUGGUUUAAAUAAACCCGCCCGCGAAACCUUGGUGGAAGCUUGGAAGCUGGGCAGGAGGCAGAGCCAUCUUUCCGUGGCAUUUCCAGUCUCACCAGGUCUCUUCCAUGAAUGGGGAGGAAAUUGAUGGAGAGAGAACAAAGUCCUGGGAAUCAGAAUGGAUUUGAAUGAAUUCAAAUAUCACUCUCUUCUCAAAUUCUACUGAGUCUUCAUAGCCCUCCGCCGUCCCCCACUGUUUUCUGUGCUAUAUCUACAUCUGGAAUAUCUUUGAAAACUGAUACCAUAUUCAUUGAUACAUCAAGAC